AUGAGUGGAUACAAACAGUAUGAUGAUGUUGAACCCUAUAGACAACGAAUUCGAGAUCUUGAGGCUUAAUUAUAGAGAAUGGAUGUUAGAUUUAGCAAUGUUCUUACUCACUCUGGGAAGGCGGACACAUAAUUUAAUAACGAUUUACAUGUAGAAUUAGAGAAAAUGACGAAAUAAAUGAUAUAAAAGAGAAGUGAGGCUGAAUUAUGGAAAUAGAAAUAUGAACAACAGCUAUCCUCGAGUAUGUAGAUGAGAAACAAUUAUGAGUUGGAAUUACAACAAUUAUCAAAGGAAGUUCAAAGGUUGCUAGAUAAGAUAGAUCAAUUUGAAUAUGAGAAAAGAUUGAAUGAUAAGUAAUUAGUUAGAGAAACUUUGCAAGACAAGGAUUUAGAGAUUGAUGAUUUAGUGAGUAAAUUACAGAGAAUGAGAUUAGAACAUGAGAAUGAAUCACAAAGACUUCUGAGUGAGAAUGAUAAUUUGAGACAUAAGAUAAAUCAGAUUGAAUUGGAUAGAUAAAAAGAGUUGGAACAGAUGAGAUUUAAGAUAGAGACAUUUCAUUCUUAAAAUUUGGAUAAUCUAAGAAAAACUCAUUCUAGUUAGAUUUCAGUUGUUGAAUCAGAGAUUGAUAAAUUAAGAGGAUUGUUGGAAAUUAAAAAUAAUGAAAUUGAAACAUUGCUUCAAUAAAAUAUGAAAUUGAAAGCAUCUUAUGAAAAUUAGAUCAAUGAACUUAAUGUUUAAUUUGAUAGUUAGAAAUCUAAGUAUUAGAAGCAAGAGAUCAUCCAUAGAGAUUAAAUGACUUAAUUAUAGCAGUAGUUGUUGGAUGAAUAAAAGUUUAGUUUGCAAUCUCUAAGUAAGAAUUACGAAUAAAGUAUAUUUACUUUGGAAAAAGAAAUAGUAACUUAUUAAAAGAAAAAUGAAAAUUUAUCAAAGGAAAUCUAAGAAUUAAUUGUUGAAAGAACUUAAUUAAGAGACAAUUAUGAGAGACAAUUAGAAUUAUUAAAAAAGGAUAAUGAGAUUUUAAAAUAGAGAUCGGCAUAAAUUGAAUAAACGAAGUAAAAGGAUUUGUAAUAAGUGGAAUCAGAAUUGUUUAAAACAAAAUAAUCUUCAUUAGAAAUUGAAAAUGUUUAUAAACAAUAAGUGGUUAAGUUAGAAAAUGAAUUAUAACUCUAAGCAGAGAAAGAGGUAGUAAAGAAUAAGGAAGUGGAGACUCAGAUUUAAUAAUUUAUUUUAAUAAAAUAAGCUUUGGAGGAAGAUUUAUAACAUUUAAGAUAAUAAAACUAAACUUUAAACGAGCAAAUAAAGGAGUUAGAAAAGAUAGCUUCAUUUGAAUAGGAAGAAUGGAAAGUCAAAUGGCAAUAAAAUGAAUUUAUUUUCAAAGAUAAAAUCAGAAAUCUGGAAAAUAAGGUUGAUAUUUUGCAUUAAGAGUUGAGAAAACAAAAAGAAUUGGCCGAUUCUUAGAUUAGAUAGAUUCCAGAAAGAGAGUUCAAAGCUUUAAUCGACGAGAUUGAAUAAUUAAAGACUAGAUUGGUUUUGCAAGAAAGAGAUAAAUUGAAAGAACGCGAAGAUUUGAGAGCAAAGCUUGAAUAAUCGCACCAUUAUCAAAUAGAAAAUUUGAAAGCAGCCUUCAAUACUUAAAUCAGAAUUCUUGAAUAGGAAAAUAGAGAUUCCAUAAAUAUCAUCACAUAAAAAGAGAAUACAAUUUAAGAAUUAUUGCACAAAUAUCAGAACUUAGAAACCGCAUAUAGUGGAUAAACUAUUGGACCACAAGAAUAAGCAUCUAAAAAUAUAUAUUAAGCAUAUAUUCGUUCAUCAAAUAGACAGUCAUCAUUACGUAAAUAAUAAUGA